AUGGCGGACCUGCUGCCAGAGAUGAUCGGCAAGCCGCAAGUGCCGACGAUGGACGCUUCCGACGAAGAUUGGGAGGAGCUCUACAGCAGUCUGAUCUCCCAGAUGGUCCCAUCACGGGCCGAGAUCGUGCGGGCCACGCCGGCGUACCGGGUCCUGCAGUGCCUAGGUCGGCCGCUUCGGGUUCGCGGCGGCGAGCUGUAUGCGUUCAGCUGCCCAACCACCCGAAUUGCAUCGUUUUGGUCCCACAGUUGGCACGGGCCGACCUGGUUCAAGGUUCUGACGCUCUUCCACGUGAACAACGGCAUUGCUGCUGCGGCACUGAGUACGACCUCAGCUGUGCUGGUGGGCAGUCUCUAUAGCGCCGGUGCUCUCCCCGACUUCUUUGGUCAGCUCGGCUGGUGUUCCUUCGUCGCCGCCGUGACCUAUUCCUGCACUUUCGUCCUGUGGCAGAGUAGUCUUCCUGUCUUCGUGGACCGGAUCUGCAUUCCUACGUAUGACGAAACGAUCAAAGGAGAAGCGCUCAUAAGUCUGGGUGCAUUUCUGAAAUGCUCUGACUCCAUGCUCGUACUCUGGGAUCCCAGCUUCAUGGACCGUUUGUGGUGUAUGUUCGAAAUCGGUGCAUUCUUGCAUAGCCGCCAACGAGGCAGAAAGCCACUGCUGACCAUCCGACCGACUGUUCUUGGUCCUGCUAUUAUCACCAUCGUUGCCGAGCUGGUCGUGAUCAAUGCGAUUUCUACGUUUUCCUGGCGCUGGAUCGGAGCCCUCACGGAGUUCUAUCUUGCCAUGAUUGCUGUUUGCAGUGUGCCCUUGGUCCUUCUCAUCCACGUUAGUCGUGGUUACUGCCGGACGGUCGAGGAGCUGCAGGAGGACAUGGCUCACUUCAGCAUCGAGAACCUGACCAGCUAUUGCUGCACUGUGGAUCACAUAGACCCGUCAACAGGCGACCUCAUGCAUUGCGACCGGAAGAUUAUCUUGCAAUGUAUUCGCACAUGGUUUGGGACGGUUCAAGCCUUCGAGCAGCGAGUCCAGUCAGAGGUUUUGCAACUCCUGGUCGACCAGCUGUCGAACGAGGUGUUUUCCUAUGGGCAGGCAGUGGCCAUAACUACACCCGUCGUCUGGGGCUAUAUGGAUUUUGGCUUCGAUUGGAUCCUCCGCGGCGACAUCUCCAAAGCGGCGCACAACUUCAUGCGCGGUCUGACAUAUAUGUUCGCAGUGUCACCAACAUUAUUGUUGUUGUUAUUCCGACUGGCCUACUGGGUGCGCAGGCAGCGCUCACGGCUCCUGGAUCCACUCGUGUCCGUACUGGUCUUCUUAGCCGCGUGUGUCUUCUUCCUUGCACACUCGGCGUAUGAUGUGCUGCUCUUUACCGUCUUCUUUCCAGAAAUGCGCAUUCUUGCAGGACCAAACGACCAAGCGACCCUCACAAACUAUAGGAUGGAGCACGAGAAUGCGGCUGCAUUCCUUGAGUGGCUUGGGCGAUGCCGGCAACCGGGUUCCUUCUUUGGAGCCCUGUGGGGCCAUGAGGAGGAGCUUCGCCGCCGGGUGGCGGCCACUGGUGGUGCGAUCUGGCCUCGCCUCUGGGCGCCAGAGCCUUUUGAGUGGCUCCGGCGCUGGGCCAUCCCGGUCGCCUCAGGGUCGGCCAGCUGUCGAAGCGACGUCACCUCGCCUCAGGUUCAGAAGCUGAUCACCGAAGACGGGAGAAGCUAUCGACCGAAAACCUUUCAGAAGGCUGUGGCGAUCCUGAGGCGGGAGCAGAUGAUCUCGACAGACAUGCUCAACGAGUUCUCGACCUUUGUGCAGGAGCUCAAUGACUUGGCGGAGAGCCAAGAAGCCGCGCUGGCAAACGUCUCAGUUCCGGAUGAAUUCCUCGAUCCGAUCAUGUCCGAGAUCAUGGUUGAUCCCGUGCUUCUUCCGACGUCCAACACGAUCAUGGAUAGGAAGGUAAUCGAGAGACACAUCAUGUCCAAUGAUGAUGACCCCUUCAACCGGAUGCCGCUGGGAGUCAAGGGCACCGAGAGCGCGGUGCAAGGAGAUACGUUGCCAAAGAGUUCUUCUGUGGGCGCAGUGGGCCUUGCAGAUGGAGCCGUGCUAACCGCCGUGGUGGCAGAAUGCCAGGCGACUGUGGUGAAGAUCCAAAGUACCCUCCACUCUUUCGCAGCCAUUCGAGAAGACGGCACUGUGGUGACCUGGGGACGUAAAAGUCUCGGAGAUGUGGAGCAGCUUCUGGGCGAGUUCACAGCAAAAGAGAUCCAGUCGACCAGCCUCGCAUUUGCGGCAAUCUGCACUGAUGGCUCCGUGGUAUCAUGGGGCAACCCAUUCUCCGGUGGUGACAGCCGCCAAGUUCAGCAGCAACUGCGCAACGUGCAGCAGCUGCAGGCAAACACAGACUCCUUCGCUGCAGUCUGUGAUGAUGGAAGCGUGGUGUGCUGGGGAGGUACUCUGGAUCCAGAUGAUGAGCUAGAAGAGCUGAGAGGAUUGAGAGGUGUCGAGAAGAUCCAGGCAACUUCUGCGGCUUUUGCAGCUCUUCUCCGCGAUGGCUCCGUGGUAACUUGGGGCCAUGCCCAGAAUGGUGGCGACUGCAGCAAGGAGCGGGAACGCUUAACGAACGUGCAGCACAUCCAGGCCAGCUAUUCUGGCGCGUUUGCCGCACUCCGCUCCGAUGGCAGCGUGGUGAGCUGGGGAUGGCGGGACUUCGGAGGUGACAGCGCGGCAGUCGAAGAUCACUUGCAGCACGUGAAGGAAAUCCAGUCUAGUCACGGUGCUUUUGCUGCUAUUCGCCAUGACGGAUCUGUUGUGACUUGGGGUUCAGCUGCGUAUGGCGGCGACAGCAGCGCAGUGCAGCCAGAACUGCGAGAUGUGCAGAAAAUCCAGUCGACUGACUUUGCUUUCGCCGCCCUCCGCUCGGACGGAUCCGUCGUGACCUGGGGAGCCAGACAGUUUGGAGGAUGCAGCGACGCAGAGCUGCAUCAUGUCAGUCACAUCCAGUCUACCAGGAGUGCAUUUGCUGCGAUCUGCUCCGACGGCUCGGUGGUCACAUGGGGUGUCGCAGAAGAAGGUGGAGACAGCAGCUCGGUGCAGGAGCAGCUUCGUGAUGUCGUGCACGUCCAGUCUACUAGCAGAGGAUUUGCCGCCAUCCUUCGCGACGGUUCCGUCGUGACCUGGGGUGGCGGCGAGUCUAAAUCAUUUCAAGAGUACCUCUACUCCCUCUUCGACUGA